CAUAAUUAUCUCAUGAAAUUCGGAUAUUUACCUGAAAGUGAUUUGGAAACCGGAAAUCUAAGAACAGAUGAUCAAUUAAAAGAAGCCAUCAAGGAGCUGCAGAGGUUUGGUAACGUAAAAGUGACUGGGGAGAUAGAUGAAGCGACACAAAAGCUGAUGAAAGCCCGGCGUUGCGGUCUAGCAGACAAACCCGACUUACGCUUUGAGAGAUUAAGACAUAAAAGGUUCACGAUACACGGUCAACAUUGGCCGUACAAGAAUCUCACCUGGAGGUAA